UUUAUCUAUUGUCUGAAUAGCUAUUGGAUGUAGCGAUGGAUCCGCCAACACUUCAGGUGCCGGGAGAGGUGUCGUUCUUUAUGCAAUCGGGACUCAUCAAAGACAUCGUCAAAGUGGACACAAGCGAACUCACACUCAAGACGUUGAAGGAAAAUGCCUGUACUUUCAUAGAUAGAAAGUACCCCGACCAUGGCCUCAAUCGACUCACUGAGCGCCUGAUGCUAUUCAGACACGACUACAACUCGCCAAACAUGUUGUCGCCCAUCAAUGCGGCCUCAGAUGUGACCGACGGAGCGCUCAUCGAAAUCAUUGUUUCAGGUAACAGUCCCUCGGAAUCGGUGCAAAUCAGACCCCAUUACUUAGUGGUGCACUCGUAUAAGGCGCCGACAUUCUGUGAUUUUUGCGGGGAAAUGCUGUUUGGUUUAGUGCGUCAGGGACUCAAAUGCGACGGCUGUGGACUUAAUUACCACAAACGGUGUGCCUAUAAGAUCCCCAACAACUGCACGCACGGCCGGCGCCGCCGUUCGUCCACUUAUUUAGUGCCAAACAGUCCCACCAAUGAGUCGGCUAUACAUCGAACCACAAGCAGUGGACCCACUCUUACCGAUGAGAUGAGGUUUCUGUCGAUCUCGACGUCUCCGGGAAGAGACCGACGCUUUUCGUCGACGUCGACGUCGACGACCAGUUCGGUGCAGUCGGGACGACCCGCUUGGGUGGAGAAGGAGUUGGCCGGACGUAUACGAGUGCCCCACACUUUCAAUGUUCGAAACUACAAACUGCCGACAGUCUGCCAACACUGCAAGAAGCUGUUGAAGGGACUGUUCAGACAGGGCUUGCAAUGCAAAGACUGCAAAUUCAAUGUCCACAAGAAGUGCGUCAAUAAGAUCCCGCAGGACUGCACCGGAGAGGCGCCCAACGAAUACGGAGAGAAUCCCGACGACGACAGCCUCGAGAAGGACGACGACAAGAAUGAGUCCGAUCUUGAGAAUGAGAGCUCUUAUGAGAAGGGGAACGGCUCUCAAGAAGAGGAACUCCAGACCAAACUACAGGCCGUCACUCUUGUGAUUAGGAAUUCUUGA